AUGUAUUUAAAUGUUACUAAGCUGGACUCAAAUAUUCACGCCAUCCUGCAGGCAGACCAGAGGAAAGAGGAACUGGACCAUCUGGAAGCCGCGGGUCACCUGUGCCUCCUGAAGGACGCCUUUGACUUUGACAGCCCGUCGGAGGUGGGGGACCUCAUCCGGGCCGAGGGCUUGGAGGCGGCCUUGGCUCUCCAUCUCUACCGGGGAGGCCGGCUCUUGCAAGGUCACGGGAUCCCCUUCGGAAUCAUCUUCGGUGGAACGGACUUAAAUGAAGACUUGCGCCAGGGAGACAAGCGCCGAGUGAUGGGGAAGGUCCUCCAGGAAGCCCGGUUCGCGGUCGCUUUCACGGAGUCCAUGGAGGCCGCCGCCCGCCUGCAGUGGCCGCACGCGCAGGGUAAGAUCCACGUCCAGAGUCAAGGAAUCACGACAGCCCCGAACCCCGCCUUUCGCUGGAGCACCUUCCUCCAGAGAGCAGACAUUAACCAAAGCGCCGACAACUUGCACGUGUUUCUCCUGAUCUGCGGGCUCAGGCCAGUCAAAGACCCUCUCUACCUGGUGGACGCCUUCUCGGAAUGGCACCAAGAGGAGCCCAGUGUCUACCUGGCGAUCGUAGGUCCUGAAGUGGAUCCGGUGUUCACAAGGGAAGUAAAGGCCAAGGUGGAGAGGUCCCCAGGGGUGCGGCUGGUCCCCGAGAUGCGCCAGGGGGACCUCCACGCCGUCAUGAAGAACUGCUUCGCCCUGGUGAACAGCUCCGUCUCCGAGGGCAUGUCAGCCGCGAUCCUGGAGGCGAUGGACCUGGAGGUGCCGGUGCUGGCCAGGAACAUCCCGGGGAACACCGCCGUGGUCCGGCACGGAGUCACCGGGCUGCUCUUCUCCGACCCGCAGGAGUUUGUCCAGCUGGCGAAGAGACUGGUCCGCGACCCGGCGUUGGGAGGAGAACUGGUGGCCAAGGGGAGGGAGUAUGUGAGCACAUCCCACUCGUGGCGGGUGGAAAGGGACACUUACCAGAGCCUCAUCCGGACGCUCGAGGGGGACACAGGUGGGCAGGCCUGCUGACCAGGUGCCGCCCCCCUUUUUAAUUCAUCUGCGGGGCACCGGGGCCUGGGCCCCCUGUCGGGGCAUUGAGACUAGAGGGGGGGCAGCGGAGCCCCGGAGCGGGGAACACGGCCGACUGCACCUGGGACGAGCGGACGCCUGCGAAAGGCCCGGCGUUUCCUCGGGGCCCGUCCGGCGAUGCUGCUGGUUGGAAAAUGCCGCUCGUUUGGAAGCCAGGCUCCGUCCCUGGCGGGGGGACACCCUAGAAGCUCGACUCCGCUGUACCUCGCGUCACCAGUUCAUGUCUUCGCAUCAACA